GGCGUUCUGACUACGAGCGAUUCUAGACACUUGGGAAAUGUCCGUCUCCGGCGUGGGUCGUCCUUUUCUAUGAAAUCUGGUAUCUCACGUUGUCCUAAGGUUAAAGACGUCUCUUGGCUCGCUUUUCUAACGCCACCGAUGGCUUUUUCUCUGGAUGCAGCACAGCUGCUGCUAGCCUGUCUACAGACAGAGAUCUUUGUUUUGACUCUCAGCCCUGAACAUGCUUGGAAAUGAGAACAAAUGGCACAGAGUUUACGAUUGCACUUUGCAGCCAGAAGAAGCAAGACUUACCCUCUGUCGGAACCCUCCGGAGAUGACUUGGAGAGCCACGUUAACACACAUGGCAAGAGGCCACCCCAAAUCUCAGUGGCCAGUGUGGUUCAAAUGAGGCUGACCCCCAGACAGACGCCACUGGCUCCGUGGAUAGAGCAAAGAUCCUCUGAAAGCAGUGACAAAAAGAGCAGCUGCCUGCAGAUCUCGCUGCAGCCCAGGUACGGAGGGGACCUUCCAUCCAGCACUGUUGUGGCUGACAGGGAUGACACACCCUUUACCUGUGUUUUGAAGGAUGGCAUUUGCAGCAGCACUGGGGUGGACAGUGAACUGCCCAGUGCCAGUGAUGGCAGCCUCUUAGGUACUUCUACUGUGUACAACGGCAGCGUCAGUAACUUCUCAGCCAGUGACAAUGGGUCUUACAGCAGCAGUGGCAGUGACUAUGGGUCGUGUGCAAGCAUCACAAGUGGAGGCUCCUACACCAGCAGUGUUGUCAGCGACAGUAGUGGUUAUGAGACCAUUUUUAGUGGAAAUUUACCUUCUGACAGCACCUCUAACAGAAGUGUGCCCGUCAGUACCACUCCCUGUGAAGUUACGUGCAGAAGUCCCAGUGGGCUUCCCUUCGCCCAGGAGGACCUGGAUCGUGGAGUAGAGACUAUGAAACUGCCAGUGAGCAGGAAUGCGAAGGUCCCACUGAAACGCUGCACGUCUUUGGUCAUUUUCCCCAGAAGUCCUUCAAACACCCCGCCUGCAUCCCCGACAAGCAGAGGUGCCUACCAGACCUCACACCAGCUGGUUGUGUCUUCUACUGAAACUGCACAUCAUGAAGAUGGUACUGGCACCAAAGGCUUUCUGUCGACAGCUGUCAACGGGCUCCGAUUAUCUAAAAUGGUUUGUACUCCCGGAGAAGUCAGAGAUGUACGACCACUGCACGUCAAGGGCUCGUUGCAAAAUAAAAUUGUCAUUUCGAAUAAUAGGCCCAAACACACUGUGUGUGAGAAGUUGCCUGAGGCAUUUUCCUGUGUUUCAGUGCACUUGACCCAACAAAAACCAACCGUGUCAGGUUCUGAAAACUCACAUGGUGGCUGCAUAUCGGAGAGGUCAGAACUCCAGCUCCAGCCUGAUUUGGACCAUUCCAUUCUCACGCAGAGCACAUCCCCUUGCUUACCAACCACACCAGACAUGGAUUACCAUAUUAACGUCCGUGGAGAGUUGGAAAGACCAAAUUCACAGAUAAGCAACAGCCAUGCUGCUUUACAGAGAAGUGUCUCACUGGGAGGGACAUACCCGAAUGUGUCCUGCUUAUCCAGCCUGAAGCACAGUUGUUCCAAGGGGGGACCAUCUCAGUUCCUCAUAAAGUUUGCAUCUGGGAAUGAUGGUAAAGUUGAUAGUUUGUGCAGAGAGAAAGCCUGGGCAAGUGAGCUGUGUAGUAAGACAAGAGAUGAUUUCCUAGGUCAAGUGGAUGUCCCUCUCUAUCCGUUACCGACAGAAAACCCAAGAAUGGAGAGACCAUAUACAUUUAAGGAUUUCGUUCUUCAUCCAAGGAGUCACAAAUCCAGAGUUAAAGGUUAUCUGAGAUUAAAAAUGACUUACUUACCUAAAUCCACUGGCUCGGACGAUGAGAAUGCAGACCAGGCUGAGGAAUUAGAGCCUGGCUGGGUUGUUUUGGACCAACCAGAUGCUGCUACCCAUUUGCAGCAUCCUCCAGAACCCUCUCCCCUACCUCCAGGAUGGGAAGAGAGACAGGAUGUCCUUGGAAGGACCUACUAUGUGAACCAUGAUUCUAGACGAACACAGUGGAAAAGACCAAGCCCUGAGGAUGACCUCUCAGAUGCUGAGAACGGUAAUAUCCAGCUGCAGGCGCAGCGGGCAUUUACCACCAGGCGGCAGAUAUCCGAGGAUGUGGAUAGUGCUGACAACCGAGAGUCCCCUGAGAACUGGGAAAUUGUACGAGAUGAUGACAACGCUGUGUAUAGCGGUCAGGCCAUCCAGUCGCCUCCAGCAGGUCAAGUAGACGUGCAGGUUCGCCUUGCAGAAGAGUUAGAUACCAGACUCACUAUGUAUGGAAAUCCAGCCACCGGCCAGCCAGUCACCAGCUCAAAUCAUUCCGGCAGAAGUGGCAGCUUGCAAGCCUGUAUCUUUGAGGAACAGCCUGCACUUCCUGUGCUGUUGCCUACUUCAUCUGGAUUGCCACCAGGUUGGGAAGAAAAACAAGAUGAAAGAGGACGGUCAUACUACGUAGACCACAAUUCUAGAACAACCACAUGGGCCAAGCCCACCAUGCAGGACGAUCCAAGAUCGAAGAUCCCUGCUCAUCUGAGAGCAAAGACACCAGUGGAUAAUGACCUGGGACCUUUACCUCCAGGAUGGGAAGAAAGAACCCACACAGAUGGAAGAGUCUUCUAUAUAAAUCACAAUACAAAGAAGACACAGUGGGAAGACCCGCGCACUCAGAACACUCAGAACUUGGCAACAACUGGACCAGCAGUGCCCUACUCCAGGGAUUACAAAAGGAAGUACGAGUUCUUCCGAAGAAAGCUGAAGAAGCAGCAGAAUGACAUUCCAAACAAAUUUGAAAUGAAGCUUCGCCGCGCAAAUGUUCUGGAGGACUCUUACCGGAGAAUUAUGGGUGUGAAGAAAGCCGACUUCCUCAAGGCUCGACUCUGGAUUGAGUUCGAUGGUGAAAAGGGACUUGAUUAUGGAGGAGUUGCUCGGGAAUGGUUCUUCCUCAUUUCAAAGGAAAUGUUUAACCCUUAUUAUGGGCUCUUUGAAUAUUCUGCUACGGAUAAUUACACCCUCCAGAUAAAUCCAAACUCGGGCCUGUGUAACGAAGAUCACCUCUCGUACUUCAAGUUCAUCGGUCGUGUGGCUGGGAUGGCAGUUUAUCAUGGCAAGCUGCUGGAUGGCUUUUUCAUCCGCCCCUUUUACAAGAUGAUGCUUCAGAAACUGAUAACGCUUCACGAUAUGGAGUCUGUGGAUAGCGAAUAUUACAGUUCACUGCGAUGGAUUCUUGAAAAUGACCCAACAGAGCUCGACCUGAGAUUUAUCAUAGAUGAAGAACUUUUUGGACAGACACAUCAACAUGAACUGAAAACUGGUGGAUCAGAGAUCGUUGUCACCAAUAAGAACAAGAAGGAGUAUAUUUACCUUGUAAUACAAUGGCGUUUUGUGAACCGAAUCCAGAAACAAAUGGCUGCUUUCAAAGAGGGAUUCUUUGAACUGAUACCACAGGAUCUCAUCAAGAUAUUUGAUGAAAAUGAACUAGAGCUUCUCAUGUGUGGCCUGGGUGACGUGGAUGUCAGCGACUGGAAGGAACAUACAAAGUACAAAAAUGGCUACAGCAUGAACCACCAGGUCAUCCACUGGUUCUGGAAGGCUGUUUUAAUGAUGGACUCAGAAAAAAGAAUACGCUUGCUUCAGUUUGUUACUGGCACGUCCCGGGUGCCUAUGAACGGAUUUGCUGAACUCUAUGGCUCGAAUGGACCACAGUCCUUCACAGUUGAACAGUGGGGCACCCCUGAUAAGCUGCCAAGAGCACAUACCUGCUUUAAUCGCCUGGACCUGCCACCCUAUGAGUCAUUUGAAGAACUCUGGGAUAAACUUCAGAUGGCGAUUGAAAACACUCAGGGCUUUGAUGGGGUCGAUUAGAUUACAAGGAACAAGCUGUGGUGUCUUAAACACCAUAGUUUUUAAGCAAAAUUGCAUCUUAACAUUUUCCAGAGUACUUCUAAAAGAUAGUCACUGGCUCUUCCCCAAGAGACCAGAGGACAGUUCAUCCAUGGUUUCAGCCACCACCAUAUUGAAGUGUUCAUUUGUCCAGUUACUUUGUCCUGUUGUUGGGGUUCACGCGACAGGGCAUUUAAGUCCUGUGUGCUUGAGUUCUGACCGUAUCUCAUCUUGCUAGGCACAUCUUUCUGAAACUACUGAGAUUCCAACUGUGAAAUAUCUGUAAUAUCUGGUGGGAAAAAUUUGACGCUUCUUUGAGAUGAAAUUUGGACAAAAAGUCUUUAAUAUUGAGUAACUGCGACACAGUUAGUGCUACUUGUCACUACUUAUUCUGUAGAACUUGCCUAGUGUACCUUAUUGCCUAGAUCUUUGGAACAACUUUGGAAAAUGUGUCAUUUAUGGUUUUAGUCACUUGAAUCACUUGCAAAAAAAAAUAUUUACUCUUCACUCGGGAUGUAUUUCACGUUUGUUAGCAUGCAGCUUGAGUCUCCAGGCCAUUCAGAAGACGAGUGGAGGAACAAGCUUUUAUUUGCAAUGUGUAGAGAGUGUUAGGCCUCCCUCUUGCCUGUGUACCCUCAAGCCUACAGUUAUUAUGUGUUAGUGCGUUUAGAAUCCCUUCAAACACUAAACAAUCUCCACGAAACAGUGUCUCUACGCAUGCCGUGAAGAAUCGAGUUACAUGUAUGACUUGCCCUUACCAGCCACUCUUCACGCUUGCAGUCACGUAGUGCAUACGUGUUUACGGAGUUCAUUAUGUUUACAGAUUAAGCGAAUUUCUGUAGUUGCAUUUUUAUAUUUUUAGUAUCACAUUAGUAUAAAAGAAUUUGUUUAAAAUAACCAAAGAGUAGUUCAGUGCAUAAUUUGUAUAAAUUUGUUACCAGGUUUCUUAUGCUUUCUAAAAAAAACUGUUUACUAUGAAAAUUAUGUUUUAUUAAAAGUCAAAAACUCUUGAGGCAAAUGCUACAGGUGGAAUCCCACCGAAACCACAUUGAAGUAUAGGAAGAGACCCCAUGCCUGAAUCAGCACACAUAGACAGUGCCAGCUAUGUACCAGGGCCUGAGAUAAAAUUGUCAGCAGUGAAAUCCAGCUCCAUUGUCAUCCUAAAGAAACCUAGAGAUGUGUAGCUGACUUCAUAAACAGCAGACAGCAGGGAUGAGCAGCCUCCAAAGCAGGAGGAAAGGGAGGCGAGGUCCCAGUCCACCUGCAGAGAGCAUAUAUGCUGACUCUUUUUAUUCAUCCUUAUGAUGUUGUGAUUAUGCAGAAAAUGCUCAUUAUGCAUGUAUAUGAAAAAACUAAGCCUGCUUUUCAAUGUGGUAUGUAUAAAGUAAUGUACUCAUGUGUUAAGAACUUUCCGGGGUGCAUAUAAAUGCCCCAUGGGAGCUGUCCCAAGUACGUAUGGCCAUUGGUUUUAGCUUGUUGACUCUAACAAGACAUGUGCCUGUCAGCCCAUGGUAGGGAUUCCAAUGACAGUAGCAAAAACCCUUUCCGUGGGUCACAUCAUCAUGUGGGUCAGGGAAAGUAACCCCAGGCCAGUGCAUGCUUCCCAAGUGUCUUUAUUGAGUCAGCCAGGCAUGACCACCUGUGUGGUCUUGAUUUUAUCAUUGGCCUGCACUACAAGGCUCCAGUUUCAUCAUCUGCCAGUGUGAAUAGCUAUGCCCACCCUUUUGUCUUGCAAGGUUAAGGUAAGUUCUGGAGUACCAAAAGAUCAGGCAGUUCUUCUUAAAUGCUUUCCUGCCAGGCACCAGAGCUGCCUCUGCUCCCAGUGAGGAUGCUCACCUACAGAGAAAGUGAUUUAGAGUAGGUGAGGAUGAAAGGAUAUGGCUGGCCCCAAAUGUGUGCUGGCAUAUAUAUGUACUAUAUAUAUAUGUACUCAUGCAUGGAUCUCAGCAUCAGAGUUCUCUUUCUCUACAGUGGCAAAGUAACACUAAUAAGGGCUGGUGUGUUAUCUGGAAUGUCCCCAUUGUUUGGAACUAAGGGGGAAACUGUCUUGUGAAACAGACUUGUGCAUGGCUGUUUGGUCCACCUUGGAGAAGCCAUCAACAGCAAAGCUUAGAAAACACAAGCUUUCUCUUCAUAGGCAGAUAGCCCCUUGAAUGGUCCAAUGACUUCACUGGAACCUGGUUUUAGGAUGUCCAGGCUCACUCCCCCACUCACCCAGGCGUGGACCAAUGGUCUGAAGGAGCCUGGAUAGAUCACCACAGCCCCUCGUCCAGUCUGCAUGGGAAUGUCUCAGUGACAUUCGACUGCUGGGGAGUUGUGGACCCAAUUUCACAAAGUAAAGGCUUUGUACUUUUCCAGGAAAGUAUUUUAGCCUUCAUUUUUUCUAAUUCUCCUCCCACACACACAAAUGAAACACAAAAUUAUGUUACAAAUGCAAAUCCAAAUGAUAAUUUGUUUUCGCUUUUUAUUUAUAAUGUCCAAGUUAUUCCUUAAAAAUAAUCAAGUUAAACAUAAUUGGUUUUGGUGAUAAGCUAUUUGACAUUGUUUUUAAAUUCUUUCUUAUAUGGUAAAUGUAUAUCCAGAUUAAUGUAUCAAAAUUUAUUGCAUAAACUAUAAAAUCAUUUUCAAAAUCUCAAUUCCACAAAUAAAGUUCUAUUCUAAUUUUAAA